UCCAUUACUGAUGUAAACAAAAUCCAGUAAAAUCAGAAGAUACAACUCGUACUAUGUCGUCUUUAAGGAAGAGUUCUGUAGAAGAUGAGUAUUGGGAUACGUCUAGGGCAUCAGCAAAGAAAAACAAAGGAUUCAACCUGUUUGAUGAUACAGUAUCUGUAGAGACAGCAGAUGAAUUACGGAAGUCAAAGCGGUUACUGCGAUCAUUUGAUGAGGAUGAUGAUGAUGCAACUGAUACCAUUAACUGGGACGGGACCCCCUCUGCAGAUACAGCCUCAAGAACACCACAACCAACCACUGUUUCACCUUCCCCAAUGCAUCAGCCAAUAAAAUCAUCCCUUUCACAUGACAAAUCCAGAGAGAGGCUACAUCCUAUUCAACAGAUGACACACACAAGAUCCCAAAGUUUUACCAUUGAAGCACAAGAUCAAAGCACUAAAAUUGAAAGUGCAGGAAAUGUGUCAUUUCAGCCAGAUUCUGGGUCAAUGUUGUACAGCAAAUCACACGAGAAACUAUCUACCAGUUCUUCUAAUACCUCCUUAAAUAAUCAAUCAAUUCAUGAUGUUGUUACAUCCUACCAACCGAAAACUCCACAAACAAAUGAUCCAAAGAAAUUGGUGGAACAGAUUCAGUUUUUAGAACGAGCAUUUGAUAGAGCCAAGGCUAGUGGAGGCAGUAAGGUUCCUGUUGAUGAUACAGUACAGAGAAUUAUAAAUGGAGAGCAAUACAGUCUAGAGAUGUACAAGUCAAAGGACGACAAAUUUGCACUUUUAGAUAGAGCUAUAAAACUUCAUGAUGGGAAUGCUAUUACAGCAAUCAUCCUGUUUAUAAAGAAAACAAUAAAGCCCUCCAUAUUUAAUCUAGAGUUACAGAGAAGGCCUGUAGCAGCUAAUCAUUUGAUCAGUUAUAUGAAAGCUCAUUAUGACUUGAAAGAAUUAGAGGAUCUACUUGGGAUGUUAGGGAGGAAUGAAGAAGCAGCAAUGUUGAAAUAUAAGCAAGCAGUUUCUAUAAGUGAUGCAGGUGCUAAACUGAAAUCAUUGGAUAUGUGUCUAAGAGCACACUUCUCAGCUAAUCCACAGCUAUCAGGUGAAACACCAUUAUUACAGGAACACAUAGCAUUAUUAGAAAGACAAAGACCAAUAGAGGAUUCUGAUAAGAAAGCAGAAUUAAGUGGAAUGGUAAUGAUGUUUAAGCAAUAUCCACGUAAAGCUUCUAUACUGAACAUGUCAGCUGUUACCACACUUUACUAUUGCUGUUUUUAUCAUUCCACGGAAGGGGAGAAUCAUUUGGCAUGUCCAGAAGCAAUAAGAAAACAACACCAGUUGACAGAUAAGCAAUUUGUAUGGACAGCUUUAUCUGCCAGAGCCAGGUUAAAACAGUGGAACGGUGUAGACGAAUUACUAACAACAAAGGGUUGGUUUGGUGGUACUAAAGCACGGGCUGUGAUUGGUUUUGAUCGUGUGUGUCAAAUACUCAACCAGUGUAAUGCACCAUUAGAGGUUCUUACAAAAUAUCUGAAAUUGAUUGAUAAUACAGAGAAAAGAUUAGAUCUGGCCAGAAAGUUUAAAUGUCAUAAUGUGGUUAUUGAGACAUUAGUGUCCAUGAAAGAUCGUGCACAAUUAGACUUUUAUGCAAGAAAAUUACAACCAGGAACAGUAGAGGCAAGAAGUGCUGCUGGUGCUCUUAAUAAUUCUAGUAUAAAAUGGAAGAAUUGAUGGCAUCAAAUGUGAUAUUUACUGUGAUAUUUUUUGCAAUAAACAUUAUUUUGUGUAAACUUACAUUCCAAGAGACUUCAUUAAUGUAAUUAAUAAUGAGAUAAAAACAAUGAUUGAAAUGACAUUUUAUUGGAAUACUGUAAACAAAUGAAUUUUGCAAAUGUUACCAAAACUGUUUACUGUGAAUGUUAACCUUCAUAAAAAAAUCCUGGUGAUAUUUUUAUGAAGUAAAGCUGUCAAAAAUUUGACUGGCUAGUAAGUUUCUGGUUGAUGUGAUUGAAUAACCAACAUUUAAGUCCAAUGUUUAUGUUUAGAUCUGCCUCUGUGUUGUGUAUCCCAAGCUUGGUAAAAAUUUACUGCUAUUUGCUGUUUCCCUGUCAAACAUGGAGUACAGCAAAAUCUGGUUAACAAGAAUAAUGAGCCAGACUUUGUUGAUAUAAUACUUCUUGCUAUUUGUGAGCUAGAACAUAAAGAAUCUGGCUCAGUGUAACUGCAGCCUGACAACACUAAUGUUGUGAGUUUGAAUCCUGCUUGCCUGCAUUUGACUGAUCUUAAUGGACUAGGAUUGCCAUUUAUCCUGCCCAAGGUUGAUGGUUCUCUUUAAGCAUCACAGCUUCCUCCAUCAAGAUAAUCUGACCACCAUGAUAUAGCCAAGAGUGCUGAAAGUGGUGGUAAACACUACAAAUUAAUAAAUCAAUGUAAGAGUCCAGAUCAAAACAAGAUUUAUGAUCAUAUCACAUUAGCAUGUUAUAUUUCUGAAUAUACCAGGCAUAUUUAAUAAUUGUCACUUUAAGGUCAAACAUCCCUUGAAUCAUCAAUCAAACAUUGUAAACAGCAAUGAUUUAUGAAUCAUAUUGUCAAUGCUUGCCAGUAAUUUCGUUUAAUUUAAUCCGAAAUAAACAAAAUGGACAGACUUACCAAACAGAAGAUGUUACUGGUACUGUAUUGUUAGAAGUCAAGUCCAAUAUUUAUGAAAUGUAAACAAUGGUUGUUAGUUGACUGCAAUGUAAUGGAAUUCAAUUCCUGUUGUUAAGCAUUUACUAUGAAGACAAUAUCUAUGUACAUAUUAUAUUUUGCAUUGUUCAAACUGAAAAAAUAAAAUGCAAUUCUUUCUUCUUAA